AUGGAGAACAAGACAGAGGUGAAUGAAUUCAUCUUGAGAGGUCUAACUGAUCUCUGGGAGCUUCAAAACACACUCUUCCCUCUCUUUCUGCUAUUGUACUUCACCAUUCUACUUGGGAAUGGUGCCAUUGUGGCUGUAGCAAUAAUGGAACCACAGCUACACACGCCUAUGUAUUUUUUCCUUGGGAAUCUUUCCUGCCUCGACAUCUUCUUUUCCACAGUAACUGUUCCAAAGAUGCUAGCUGGAUUCCUAUUAGAGCUGCAAACCAUUUCCUUUAGUGGUUGCAUGACCCAGCUCCACUUUUUCCACUUCUUGGGAAGCAGUGAGGUAAUCCUUCUCGGUGUUAUGGCAUAUGACCGCUAUGUCGCUAUAUGCAACCCAUUGCGUUACACCAUUAUUAUGAGAAAGCAGGUCUGUGUGAUAUUGGCAGCAGCCACAUGGACCACUGGUUUUUUCCAUGCCCUAAUGCACACGGUGAUGACUGCUCGUCUUCCCUUCUGUGGACCAAACCAUGUCGAGCACUUCUUCUGUGAAAUUAAACCACUGCUGAAACUGGCCUGCGGCAGCACUCACUUAAACUUGAUGCUUCUCAAUACUGUCACCAGCUGCAUUGCCAUGGGUCCCUUUGUCAUCACACUACUUUCCUAUAUCUACAUUAUCACUUUCCUUCUUUUCAGAGUUCAUUCACAAAAGGGGAGGCAGAAAGCCUUCUCCACCUGCGGGUCCCACUUGAUGGUGGUGGCUUUGCUGUACGUACCGGUAUUGUUCAACUACAUGCUUCCCUCGGUGGGCACUGUCUCACAAAGGGAAAUGAUGGUAACUAUCAUAUACAGUGCAAUUACCCCCGUUUUGAACCCACUUAUCUAUACCCUGAGGAAUCAGGAGGUGAAAAAGGCCUUACAAAAGAUCCUGAGCAGAAAGAGCUUCAUUGAAAGGUAG